CAAUGGGCACCGGAAGACGUUAGGAGUGUGUUCGUAAGGGUCACGUUGUGCUUUUGCGCUGAAGUGAAAGAUCGUCGGAAUCAACCAGGUUCAAGAAAAGGUGAAAGGUAAACUCCGAAGAAGGUCAAGAUGUCCAUAGGAGUUCCCAUUAAAGUGCUGCACGAAGCCGAGGGCCACAUGGUGACGUGCGAAACGAACACGGGCGAAGUGUAUCGGGGCAAACUUCUCGAGGCUGAAGACAACAUGAACUGUCAGAUGUCCAACAUCACUGUGACGUACAGGGAUGGCCGAGUGGCCCAGCUGGAGCAGGUCUACAUCCGAGGCAGCAAGAUCCGCUUCCUGAUCCUGCCGGACAUGCUGAAGAACGCGCCCAUGCUGAAGAGCGUGAAGAACAAGAACCAGGGCUCAGGGGCAGGACGAGGCAAAGCAGCCAUCCUCAAAGCACAAGUGGCUGCAAGAGGACGAGGUCGAGGAGGAAUGGGCCGUGGCAAUAUCUUCCAGAAAAGGCGGUAGUUGCUGCCCUCAAGUAUUUUUUUGUGGGUUUUUUUUUUCCACACCAAACUUUACUGUUUAACAAGUAGGUCUUUAAUGUGAUCAUUUAU